UAAAAAGUUUUUUCUUAAAUUUAUCAAACUAAGCUAUAUCAAAAAUGGAGAGGGCAAUUCCAUCAUCUGGUUCUUUCAAGCAUCAGCCUCCAACUUGUGGCAAUUUAAUCACCAUUCUCAGCAUCGAUGGAGGUGGAAUUAGGGGACUAAUUCCUGGCACCAUUCUUGAGUUCCUUGAAUCUCAACUCCAGGCAUUGGACGGUGUGGAUGCGAGGCUUGCAGAUUAUUUUGAUGUAAUUGCAGGAACAAGCACAGGAGGUCUUGUCACGGCUAUGCUAGCAGCUCCAAACAAAGACAAACGUCCUCUAUUUGCUGCUAAAGACAUAAAGCCUUUCUAUCUUGAGCAUGGCCCUAGGAUAUUCCCACAAAAUACUAUGAAUUGGUUUGGAAUUGGUACAAUUACGAAUAUGUGGAAAUUAGCAACAGGACCAAAGUAUGCUGGGAAGUAUCUUCACAAAGUCAUAAAAGAGAAACUAGGAGGGACUCAUUUGCAUGAGACAUUGACUAAUGUGGUUAUUCCAACUUUUGAUAUCAAGAAUAUGCAGCCCACAAUUUUCUCUUCUUAUGAGGCUAGGAAAAAUCCAUUAAUGGAUGCUAAGCUUUCAGAUAUAUGCAUCAGUACAUCUGCUGCUCCAACAUAUCUUCCUGCACAUCAGUUCCAGACUCAAGACAAAGAUGGCAACUUUCAUGAGUUCAAUCUUAUUGAUGGUGCAAUCGCAGCUAACAAUCCAACCCUUAUUGCUACAAGUGAAGUUACCAAACAAAUAUAUGCGGAAAAUCCAGAUUUCUUCCCAAUAAAACCCAGUGAUCAUGGAAGGUUUUUGGUGAUUUCAAUAGGCACUGGAUCAGCAAAACUGGAACAUAAAUUUAAUGCUAAAAUGGCAGCCAAAUGGGGUAUCUUAGGUUGGCUAACUAAUGGAGGUUCAAAUCCAAUUAUUGAUGUUUUUACUCAAGGUGGUGAUGAUAUGGUUGAUUAUUAUAUUUCUGUUGCUUUCCAAGCUCUUCGUUCUGAUGAAGACCAUUACCUUCGUAUUCAGGAUGACACACUAAGUGGAACAGACUCGUCUGUUGACAUAGCAACAAAAGAGAACAUGGCCAAAUUGGUUGAAAUAGGAGAAACUUUAUUGAAGAAACCAGUUUCAAGGAUAAAUCUGAAGAAAGGUAUAUUUGAACCACAUGAAAUUGGUGGUACAAAUGAAGAAACUUUGAAAAGGUUUGCAACGAAGCUUUCUGAAGAAAAAAGACUCAGGGAUUCCAAGUGUCGUCAUACAAACAAUACAACUUAAAUAGCACAUCAUUUGUUUGGAGCAUAUGAGAAUCCUUGUUCAUGGCAAUUGUAAUUCGAUUUUGAUUUUUUUUUAAAAACUUUGAUUAUUUGACCAGUGUAAUAAUAAUCAUAUAGUGUGUUAUGAAUAAAGAGAAGUUUCUUGGCUUUAUCAUA